CUACUGACCGGUGGGGCGUGCAAUUUUCUCUGCACGAAAGCGAGACACCGCCGGCAGCUCUCUCACAACUUUCGCAAUUGUCAUGAAAACACUUGAGGUUUAGUCGAUAAAAUGGAUGUCUUGAAGGAUUUAGAGACGAAAACAGAACAGGAGCUUCAUGAUAUCACGAUAUCGACGUACCAAAAUGUCAUUGACCUAUCCCCGCUGCUGAAAGAGCUCUCUACAAACGCCAAGAAUUACCUCAAAUCAUUGCAAAAUGUCGGACAAACUGCAUUUUCAUUCUUCGAUUCCCUUGGUAAAGUCUCACAAAUGGCGACCCAGUCCAAAGGAAUUGCAUCUUCACUUGGGGAAGCUAUAACGGAUUUGGUAACUGUGAAGAGAGUCAUAGAAACAAGGCAUCUUGAUGUGGUAUGUUUAAGUUAGCAAUGAUAUAAAUUAUUAAUAAUAUUAUUAUUACUGAACAAGCUUGUUUGGUUUAGGAGGCUGGAUUUCGGCCUCAUUCUGUGGACUGAGGAGCAUAAACACUCAGAAAAAGAAUGUGACCAAAAUUCAGGCAUCUUGACUUUACGUUUGGUCAGUAGCCCAUAAUAUAUUUAUUAACUGGGGAAAAUAUUUCCAAGUUCUAUGAACUGAACAGGAGUCGAACCUAUUUAGCCAACUUUCUGCACAGCGGUCAAAUGCUUUACCAUACACUAGGACACUCUGGGGUGCUAGGUCGCCUUCAAUACAUUUAUAAGCCAGAGGAACAACAAUCAAGCUUUUUUUUGCUUGAAUAAAAUGUUUCUUUAAUAGAUAGGUAAAGUUGAUCAUGACUAGUUUACUCUUGUCUUCUCUUAAUUAAAAUGUGUUGUGUAACUGAGGAUUGUUGAAAUUUGAUGUGUCCAUGCUUUUUCAAAAAAGACUUGAUCUUCAUAGUAGACCAUAUUGAUAAGAAAAAAGUAAAAUUUGAAAAUUGUCAAUAAAUGUUUCAGAGAUGAUGUGAUGAUCUUAAUUUUGUGUAAUCCUUUUCAAGGCUGUAACAUUGUGUGUGAUUAACUUUUUGAUAAUCCUGGUCAUAAAUAUUGACACCUUAUUGUAAAAACAUAGUUGAGGUACAAGUAGUAUAUGACCCUAAAAAAACAAUAUCUAAGGCAUUUGUUUAUCUAUUUGUUUUAUUGGGUGGAAUAAUUACGGUGUGGAUUACAAUCACAAUAAUUUAUUAUGAAAUCCUAGCCCUAGAGUGUAUAUAUAAUAAAUAAUCAGUUUGGAUAAAGGAAGCAAAAUAUUGUUUUUGCACCAAUGCAAGCAGUGUGCACAGAAGAAAGCCAAAUAUUUUUGCUGAUUGAACAAAAUUUAAAGUAAUGCUUGCUGAAGCAUUUAUCAUGUUGAAGUUUUUUCCCUUUAUUUAAUUUGAUCAUUAUUUAAACUUGAGUAACCAUUUG